GAGGGACAGCAAAUAUGUCCGCGCUCUUCUCCGCGUCCGACGUUAACCGAGCGCCGAGGCUACCCCCUCCACGCGCUCGGCUGUCAUGUGGUGAAGAAGAGUCAGGGGUUUGGAGGUUCGGGGGUCGGCAUCUCUGCCGUCGACGCGCGAUUUUCGUCCGUCGACGGUCUAAGCACGGCCGACGCGGUGCUCGUCCUCGUCAAUCGCGCUGCCCUCUUCCUGUUGCCGUCGUCGUCGUCGCCGCAAACCGGCCGCGGUGCACGCGGAGUCGUCGUCGCGCUUCAAACUCACUUCAACUGGUUCUCCGGAGGCUGUCAUCGUGAUGUCGACCCACGCGGAGGAUCGCGACGGAGCGAUCGAUGUCGCGCCGCAUCUCACCUUGAAAUGACUCGCGACCGAGCGGACGCGGAGGAAGACCCGUGAUGGGCUCGAAGCCGGAUACCGAUCUUCCCGCGGAGAUCCUCACGCUGAUCGAGGGGCUGUGUGACCUGCCGUACACGCAGGUGCAGCAGCGGCUCAACAAAUACGUGCAAGAUGCGACAAACGCAAGACUAGUCUUUCUCAUAUCAGUAGAAAAGAAGGAGAUGGUUGUCCAUGUGAUAGGCGACAAGAUUCUGGACAGACAAUUGAGGCUUCUUAAAAAAAACAGUGUUUUACACAAGGCUGUGAAGAAGAAGAAGAAUACGUCGUUAGCCCUGAGCGUUGCUCAACUCGACGGAGAAUUAUUGGAAUGCGUAAACGGAAUAACCGACGCAUCGUCGCUCUUGACAAUCCCGAUAAAGCAUCCUUUCAAGAAUUACACACCUCUGCUCGUGUGCCUGGUAGAUUCUGUGGAUUGGGAAGAAGCUAGGCACGCUUGUACAGAGAAGGUUCAGAUGUGCUUUAGGUUUUGUCUUGGGUACUUGCUCAGUUCGUUGCAUUGCUACGAGGAGACCCGUGUGAAGAAGCAAUGCCAAGAUUUACUAAAUAUCUCCGAGAACCUCUUCACACAUUUGGAAGAUUUCGACACUCUCCUGAAGCAGAUCAUGGCGGAGGCCAGCAAGCUGACAGAUGCAGAAAAAUGCUCUUUAUUUCUCUGGGAGAAAGGUGUUCAUCCCGAUGAGGAUGAAUUGGUUGCCAAAGUGUUCGACGGCAUGUCCAUGGAAAAAACGCCAAGGAAGAUCAGUAUACCUAAGGGGAAAGGUAUAGCUGGUUAUGUUGCAGCCACCGGUAAACUACGCAAUGUUCUAGACGCUUACAAUGAUCCCUAUUUUUAUCACGAGAUAGACGAGAAGACAAAGUUUAAGACGAGAAAUAUUUUGUGCUUUCCAAUAAAGGACAAGAAGAACAUUGUUGGGGUGGCUCAAUUGUGCAAUAAAAAAAACGGUUUGUACUUCGAUACCCUCGACGAGCAGGUCGCGAAGGCGUUCAGUAUCUACUGCGGCAUAUCGAUAAAGCAUAGUACCCUUUAUAAAGAAAUGCUCGGUGCUAAAGCACGAAAUCAGAUCAGUACUGAGAUGAUGAUGUAUCACAUGAAGGUGAAGGAUUCCGCUGUGCAAGCAUUGUUGAAUUGCAGAGACGACCACAAUAUCAAAGAUUUUAACGAGUUCCACUUUAGCCCGAGGAAUGUACCUCGCAAGCAUGUACCUUGCUACAUUAUUAAAAUGUUUGCGGACCUGGAUUUCUUGAAGCGCUGGGAAAUUAAAAAGCCGACCCUCGCGAGAUUCAUAUUGUAUGUCGCAAAAGGCUACAGAGACGCGCCUUAUCACAAUUUUACACAUGCAUUUUCCGUGGCACACUUUGCAUAUCUGUUGAUAAAGAACAUGCGGCUCAUUGAAGAAAAUUUCAUGACACACUUGCAGGCUCUGGUGUUUCUCGUGUCAUGUUUGUGUCACGAUGUAGACCACAGAGGAACUAACAAUAUAUUUCAAACACGGUACAGCACCGCAUUAGCGAGUCUUUACAGUUCGGAGGGAUCCGUUAUGGAGAGACAUCAUCUUGCGCAAACGAUAUGCAUUCUCAACACUGACGGCUGCAAUAUAUUUGAGAGUUUGAACAAAUCCAAAUACGCCAAGGCAUUGGAUUUGCUGGGGAGCAACAUACUCGCGACUGACCUAAAUUUGCACUUUCGUAGCAAAGAGAAACAGGAAGAGAUGAUUCGCAGCGAAUACAACAAGAACGACUCGAAACAGCAGAGGCUGCUAUUCCAGAUGCUCAUGACUUGUUGCGAUCUCAGCGAUCAAACCAAAGAGUGGAAGCUCUCGAAAAAAACAGCGGAGGAAAUAUUUAACGAAUUCUUUUCGCAAGGAGAUCUUGAGAAGGGCAUGAACAAAACGCCUGACGAAACGAUGGACAGGGAACGUGCGUCGAUCCCUAAUCUCCAAAUAAAAUUCAUCGCCAACGUAGUUAUUCCCGUAUUUACUAAUCUGUCGUUACUGUUCCCGUCGGCGCUGCCCCUGGUCCAAGUGCUGCAACAAAAUUGUUCGUUAUGGGAAGUGGCCGAGCCCGUGUUUCAAGAGUAUUUGACGAGAGGAAAGAAGGGAACAGAGAUUUUGCUUGAUCCCAACUUCGAAGACGACGUGCUUAAGAUAUUUGCUCGACGUUCUGCGGAAAAUCCUGAUGCGAGCACAGGAAGCAAGGAGUAAUUAGCGAAGCGUCGUUUGAGAAGAGGGCAGGGUUUAACGACGGCACUACUUGGAAUUUACAUGCAGGAAUUCGCAUAUGGCGCAAAAUGGUAGCAAGGGGCGUUUUCCAGCAAGUUACACAGACGACACAGUGUAACACUGUGUCCGACACAAAAUGUUUCAACUACGACACAGUGUCACACUGCUCGACACAGUAAAAAGCUAAGUACACGCGUGUAAAAGUGUUACCAACAUUUAGAAAAUUUUAUAUUUAAAUUGUGGCC